CUUGUUCUUCAUGUGAAAUUUGAUAUAGAAUGAACUAAUUCUUCUUUUGCUCUCCUUUGUGUGCUUGAGUGAUACCUUUGAAUCUCCAUUUCCAUAACUACUCCUCAUUUCCAUCAUCACGUCCAUUUUCUCAUGCCUCAUACCCAACCGAAUCUGUUAGCCACAUCCAUUCCAACCUCCAUACCCAUCCAUCAAUCCUCAUGCACGCAUGGUCCUCAUCUAUACCCAUCACGUCUUCUUUCAUGCUCAUUGCACCCACUGCUGGCUGCCCAUUCCCCUCAAAAAUCAUACCCAUUACAAUACCCAUCCUCUACACCAACUUUCAUGCCCGUCUUUCCCAUACCCGUGGGCAUCUCUCACUUACCAUCUUCCCAUUCCUGCCAUCAGCCAAAGCUCUCAUUCUUGGUGAGGAUGGACUCCCGGAAGCGUGACGACUCCUCCCUCACGAGCCCUCUUGGAGGCGGUCGCCCUGGGAGAGUGAAGAAAAAGAGCUUGAAGGUAGCUGCCAAGGAGGCUGCUGGUGGGGCUGAUGGUGCUCGGCUGGAGAGGUGGACUGUGAGGAAGUUUGGAGCUCUUGGGUUUGCCCAUGUUGGCCUUGAACUUGGGCUUAAGUUGGAGCCCAGGCCCAAGCUGUGAUGGUGAUGGUGCCUUGGGCUUAAGUUGGAGCCCCGGCCCAAGUUGAUGCUGAGGAUGGAUGCCUUGGGCUUGCCCAUGGCUUUGGUUUUGGGCUUAAGUUGGAGCCCAGGCCCAAGUUUGCUGAUGGAAGGCCCCAUUGCUCCUUAUGCUAGCCACUCUCAUGGCCCAAGUCCAUGAUGAGUGAGCCCAUUUAGCUACUUCAUGUCCUAACAAGUUUUAAAUCUUUAAUCUUAGUAAACUAUUAACUUAUU